UCACAUUGUGGUAGCUGAGAAACGCUACGGCCGCUCUGCGCAUGUCAGAGAAAGCAGUCGAUAAAAAGAACUAGGAACAAGCCGGAGGUAACAGUUCACAGAGGUGCAUCCACUUGGCCUCUGUUUUUACCGCUGCAGUGUAGGACUUGAACCACGGCUACCAACAAGUAGACUAUAGCGUUUGAUGAAUUCAGACUACAGUUCUGUGGAAGCCAAGUUACAAAAUUAUAUUUUGUAAAGUUGGAAUUUGUGAACAGAUUAACUUUUUUUUUCUCCUUGGAGUUAGAAAAAUCAAGACCGAACAAUGCAUCUAAAAAGCGCUCUUUUGAACUGUUUUGUUUUAGGAUUCAUUUGUACGAUGGUCAGAUGUAACGUGAUUGUGAGCACUGACUCGACCGUUGACACAACGCAACCACCCAGUGAAACAACCCAACCACCCAGCGGAACAGCACAGCCAACCAGCGGGCCAUCCCAACCAAGCUCUGGGCCAUCACAGCCAACCACUGAUACCAGCGGCUACGAAUCAGCUGAAACUUUAGAAGGUUUCCUGACGCUGUUUGCUAAUGACUCCAAGCCACAAGAGAUUUCAUAUAGUUUUGACAACGCUACAGGCAAGGCCGUCAUUUCAGCUGCCGGUGGUAGACUAGCAGAGUCAGACGACUGCUCUCCACGACCUACUACUGUGAGGAUUGAAGUACCGCUAGACAACCCGAGGGUACGGUACUUUCCCUUGUGUACCCGAAUAGAACGAUGUGGGGGUUGUACGGCCACGCCCAACGUGGCGUGUGUCCCCACCUAUGUGGAGCGCGUCAGCUACAAGGUGUUGAAAGGGGAAUACCCGUACGACGGCGCCCAACAUCUCAUGUUCCCAGGGUACGCCAAUGUCGUCAUCGAGCGUCACGUCACCUGCAGAGUCCAGUGCAUGCUCAACGCGGAAAAGUGCGGCCCCGGCAAGUCGUUUGACUCCUACAGGUGCAGCUGCCAGUGCCUGGACAUCCGCAGGUGCGAGCCGCCAUUUUUCUUCGACCCGGAGACGUGCCGGUGUAGUUGUGGUCCAGUCAACUGCUGCCCCGCGGGUCAGGCCACGCCCUGUCGUCUGGUUGUGAAUAACAGCACGUGCCUGUGUGACAUCGACAACAGAAUUCACAUCAGCACCGGCAACAGCAACGGCAACAGUUCGUCGCUUCAGGUAGUUCACAACGUCCCGGCGGAGACGACGCCACCACCAGCAACCCCGAGCACCACAACCGCAACAUCAUCAGCCAACGACCCCUGCGCGACAUACCCCUGCCCACCACGCACCUCCAAAUAUCUCACCCCACAAGGCUUAUGUAGCUGCCGAUUGGAUCGCCCCCGACCCCCAUUGCGAAGAAACUAAAAUUAUCUCAAACUUCGCAACAUCAACAUCAAGCAUUGGUUGUCGGCUUCAACACGCCUUCAAAAACAUUAUAUAUUUUUCUGCGAUAAAAAAAAAGUGAAAAAUAUUUUCUUAAUAUAUUGGACACCAAAUAACUGAAAAAACAAAACAAAACAAAGCUGUUCUUUAAUUCGUUUGCCCAAGCUGAUGAUUAGCCAACGUUUGCCAAACGUGUUAUGUAAAUUAUGCAUGCCAAUCUGACGAUUAACAUUGACAAAGAAAAAGUUCAAAAAGUUUUUUUUUAAUUAAUGAUAACUAAUGAACUUUUUCUGAUAUGUUUCAAAAUAAAACUAAAUAUUUAUA